GAAAGGUCACUAAGAAUGACAGUGGUGAAGCGAGAAGCCCCGUCCCCCUCUGGAGUGUCCAGCGAAGUUGAGGUUCUCAGGGUGCUGCAAUCUUUAUUUGAGCACCUCAAGGCCUUGGGAAAGGUAAGGGAGCAACUGAGGGUUUCUUUAGAAAGAGUCUCUGCACUGGAAGAAGAACUAGCUGCUGUUAAUCAGGAGACUGUUGCCUUGCAUGAACAAAAUGUUCAUAUACAAAGAAAAAUGCCAUCAAGUGAGGGAUCCACAGAAUCAGAACAUCUUGAAGGGAUGGAACCUGGCCAGAAAGUCCAUGAAAAGCGUUUGUCCAAUGGCUCUAUAGACUCAACUGAUGAAACAAGUCCAAUAGUUGAACUACAAGAAUUGCUUGAAAAACAAAACUAUGAAAUGGCCAAAAUGAAAGAACAUUUAGCAGGCCUUUCUUCUCGAGUGGGAGAGGUGGCGGAAGCAGAGACAGCAAGAAAGGAUCUCAUUAAAACAGAAGAAAUGAACACUAAGUAUCAAAGGGACAUUAGGGAGGUCAUGGCACAGAAGGAAGAUAUGGAAGAAAGAAUCGCCACCCUUGAGAAGCGUCACCUCAGUGCUCAGAGAGAAUCUACCUCCAUACAUGACAUGAAUGACAAACUAGAAAAUGAGUUAGCAAAUAAAGAGGCCAUCCUAUGGCAGAUGGAAGAGAAGAACAGACAGUUACGAGAGCGUCUUGAGCUGGCUGAGCAAAAGUUACAGCAAACUAUGGGAAAAGCUGACAGCUUACCUGAAGUAGAGGCUGAACUGGCUCAGAGAAUUGCAGCCCUGACAAAGGCUGAAGAAAGACAUGGAAACAUUGAAGAACGUAUGAGGCAUCUAGAAGGUCAAAUUGAAGAGAAAAAUCAAGAACUUCAAAGAGCUAGGCAAAGAGAGAAAAUGAACGAGGAGUACAACAAAAGAUUAUCCGAUACUGUGGAUAGACUUCUGACUGAAUCCAAUGAACGCUUACAGCUACACUUAAAGGAAUGAAUGGCUGCUCUAGAAGAGAGGAAUGUUUUAAUUCAAGAAUCAGAAACUUUCAGAAAGAAUCUGGAAGAAUCUUUACAUGAUAAGGAAAGAUUAGCAGAAGAAACUGAAAAGCUGAGAUAUGAACUUGACCAGAUGAAAAUGAGAACUGACUCUUUAAUUGAACCCACAAUGUCAAGAACUCAUCUAGACACCUCAGCUGAGCUGCGGUACUCUGUUGGAUCCCUAGUGGACAGCCAGUCUGAUUACAGAGCAACUAAAGUAAUAAGAAGACCAAGGAGAGGUCACAUGGGUGUGCGGAGAGAUGAGCCAAAGGUGAAAUCUCUUGGGGAUCAUGAAUGGAAUAGAACACAACAAAUUGGAGUGCUAAGCAGUCACCCUUUUGAAAGUGACACAGAAAUAUCUGACAUUGAUGAUGAUGAAAGAGAAACGAUUUUUAGCUCAAUGGAUCUUCACUCUCCAAGUGGUCAUUCUGAUGCCCAGACUCUAGCCAUGAUGCUUCAGGGACAACUGGAUGCUGUCAACAAAGAAAUCAGACUAAUUCAGGAAGAAAACAAUAUAGAGCUACAUGCUGAAGAAACUGAGAAAAGACUGGCUAGUGUGAGUCUGGAAGGCCUGAAUUUAGCGAUGGUCCUUCCAGGUACCUCCAUCACUGCCUCGGUUACAGCUUCUUCACUGAACAGUUCAUCUCCCCCCAGUGGACACUCAACACCAAAGCUCACCCCUCGAAGUCCUGCCAGGAAAAUGGAUCGGAUGGGAGUCAUGACACUGCCAAGUGAUCUAAGGAAACCUCGGAGAAAGAUUGCAGUGGUAGAAGUAGAUGGUCGGGAGGAUAAAUCAACAGUUAAAUGUGAAACUUCUCCUCCCCCUCCCCCUAGAGCCAACAGGAUGACUCACACCCUCCCUUCUUCCUACCGCAAUGAUGCCCGAAGUAGUUUAACUGCCUCCCUCAAGCCUGAAAGCCUUGGGCUUGGCAGUGCCAACAGCAGCCAAGACUCUCUUCGCAAAGCCCCCAAGAAGAAAGGAAUCAAGUCUUCAAUAAGACGUUUGUUUGGUAAAAAAGAAAAACCUCGACUUGGGCAGCGCCGAGGCUUUAUGGAGACUGAAGCUGCAGCUCAGGAGUCCCCGGGGUUAGGCAAACUUGGAAUUCAAACUGAGGAUAGAAGACUGAAGAAAAAGCAUGAACUUCUAGAAGAAGCUUGGAGAAAGGGAUUACCUUUUGCCCAGUGGGAUGGGCCCACUGUAGUCGCGUGGUUAGAGCUCUGGUUGGGAAUGCUUGCUUGGUACAUGGCAGCCUGCAGAGCCAAUAUGAAGAGCGGUGCCAUCAUGUCUGCUUUAUCAGACACUGAGAUCCAGAGAGAAAUUGGAAUCAGCAAUCCUCUGCAUCGCUUAAAGCUCCAAUUAGCAAUCCAGGAGAUGGUUUCCCUAACCAGUCCUUCAGCUCCUCUGACAUCCGAAACCGUGAGUCCAUCUAUGUUUUUACUACAUUAAAAGAUGUUUUUCCUAAAAACAAACAAAAAAAUAACAUUGAAUUUCUAA